GCCAUCACCCGCCUUCACACGGUGCGCUUGUUGUCAUGGCGAUGGAGUCAUCCCCGGGACGUGUUGCCAUGGAGAUGCCGGUGAGAGGUGCGCUCCCGGUGGUGGAGGAGGAUGAGGGCUCGUGCUUCCCGCCACUUCCCGGGUUCGAGGAGCGGCUACGGUACAGAGCUGGUGGCGGCGGAUGGAGACGGCGACGACGCGGGGUGCCGUUCAACCGAGCCGGCUAUUACAUGCUGGUUGUGAUCGGCGAGAUCGGUACCGAGUACCAGCUGGAUGCCGUCAGAGCUCACAUAGAGUCCGGAAUCCGAUCUUGGGAUGUGGACUUCAACUGCUGCGACCUUGAGCAGCAACUGCAGUUGUUUAUAACGCGCCACUCCGCCCAUUUCUCCUCGGACGUCAAAGGACAAAGGACUCUUUACUACAGAAGUGAUGUGCUAGAGACGGUGGUGCUUGUCAACCCUUCACAAGACACCGUCACAUCAGAGAUCCAAUAUCUCAUCACUGAUUCGGCGGGACACAAGCUUCUGAUCUUGAGUGGUCAUAGCUCGGAUCACGGUGGCCUUCUUCUUCAAACAGGGGUGUUCACCUACAAGACCUUUGCGAGUAUUAUUGCUGAUCCUGGGGUCAGUGAACUACUUGGCCCAUCAAUCCCCAAGCAGCAGGCUACACUUACUGUGUCCUGCCAGGGGGAGGUGGGCUGGAGCUCCUUGGGACAGCAGCAGCAGAUCCUGCGAGAGUUCCUCCAUUACAAACUAAACCCUGAGAUUGUCGUCCCCAAGAUGGAGGGGGUCACUGAGUUCACGGAGUACAUCUCUGCAACGGUUGAUGUUCCUUCACCUUUCGACCUACUGGAGCCACCAACAUCGGGCGGCUUCCUGAAACUGUCCAAACCAUGCUGCUACAUCUUUCCCGGCGGACGUGGAGACUCUGCGCUCUUUGCCGUAAACGGCUUCAACAUCUUAGUGGACGGAGGCUCCGAGCGGAAAUCCUGCUUCUGGAAGCUCGUCCGUCACCUGGACCGCAUCGACUCCAUUUUGCUCACACACAUUGGUGCCGACAAUCUCCCAGGGAUCAACGGUAUCCUGCAGAGGAAGAUAGCGGAACAGGACGAGGAGAAAUCUCAAGGUUCUACCAACUAUGGUGCUUGGAUCAAGAACCUGAUCUCACCAGAACUCGGAGUGGUGUUUUUCAACGUACCAGAGAAGUUACGCAUGCCCGAAUCCAACCUUAAAGUGAAACGAAGCAUCGAAGAGGCCUCUUUGACGUUGCAGUAUCUUAACAAACUGGGACUGAAGCCAGAGCCUCUCUUUCGAGUCGUCAGCAACACCAUUGAACCCAUUACCCUGUUCCACAAGAUGGGAGUGGGCAGGCUGGAUAUGUACGUUCUCAACCCUGUCAAGGAAAGCAAAGAGAUGCAGUUCCUCAUGCAAAGGUGGGCUGGCAACAGCAAGGCCAAAACUGGAAUUGUGUUGCCAAGUGGAAAAGAAGGAGAAAUAUCUGUGCCCUACCUGACAUCCGUUACUGCCUUAGUUGUCUGGCUUCCGGCAAACCCGACAGAAAAGAUUGUCAGAGUUCUCUUUCCAGGAAACGCACCCCAAAACAAGAUCCUGGAAGGCCUGGAAAGGUUAAAGCACCUUGACUUUUUGCGUUAUCCUGUAGCUACACAAAAAGACAUUGCUUCAGGAGCUCCUCCAUCCAUUGUAAAACAGAGCAAGUUAAAACAAAGGACCGACAGCAAAGAGAGCCUUAAAUCUUCCCCAAAGACCACCGCAAAGUUCAAUAAGGAAAAACCAGAAGGACAAGAUGAUGUGGUCGUCGGUACAGAGACAAAGAGUCUACCGGUGAAAGAAAGCGUAUCUGUGAAAAAAGAUCCCAAAAAGCCUAUCAAAACCAUCAAAUCUAAAACGGACAUGCCAGAGAAGAAGAAACUUCUGAAAGAAAAAUCCUUGAAAAAACACUCCAAGGAAAGGGUGUCAAAGAUGGAUGAGAAAAAAGACAAGGAGAAAAAGGAGAUCAAGAAAAUAAAGAAAGAUGAGUCUUCCAAAAAAGACGAAAAGAAAGAUGGGAGGUCCAAAGAGGACAAAAAGAAAGAGACAUCAAAACCUGAACUGAGAAAAAUAGCAAAGCCUGACCUCAAACCUCUCACGCCAGAAGUCCGAAAGACAUUACACAAAGCUAAAGUGUCAAGUAAAACAAAGACUGUAAAAACAAAAGCAGUGAAGGCUGAAGCAUCUGAACCAAAGCCAGAGGAACCAAAGACUGAAGGAAAAGAAAACAGAACCGAAAGCAUUCAACUGGAGCCAGAAUGUAACACAGGCACAUUUCUUCCCUCUGCACCUGAAGAUCUCACAGAGGACUUUGACCUGACCAAAACUGAAGCUGUAGCUGAUCUCGGUGAUGGCGUGACUUUGCAGAAGCCUGCUCAAAGCCUUACCCAAGAGGAGCCAGAGGCACCAGACACUGAACGCCUAACGGUAGAGUCUCCUGAUGAGGAUCUACCGGUUCCACUGAAGGAUGGUGGAGAUGCCAAAUAUGAUGAUAGCAAAGACACAGAAGAGACAGAACAGUUUGAAGAUGAGGGAGCUGCAUCCCAGGAUGAGGAGGAUGACGAAGAAGAGGCCGCAACUGCCGAGGCAAAGAGUGAGGAAGAGGAGGAUAUGGGUAUUGGAGAAGAAGAAGAUGAAUUCCAAAUGAAGGAGCACGAUGGUAUGGACUUAAAAGAUGAAACUGAAGAAGUAGAGAAAAGAGUACCGCUCUCAGCAAAAGAGGAGGAAGAGGACGAAGAGCCAGUAGAAAAGGCUGAACUGGAGGAGGUGGAAGAUCUUGACGUGAUAGCAGAUGAAGAGCUCAGCAGCGAAGGCGUGGCAGAAGAGCCAGUGGUCGGUGAGAGCCAAAUGGACACCUUGACCACAGCCAAACAUGAAGAAGAGGAGGAAGAAGAUGGCUACCUUUCACACAUGGGAGGGGAAACAGCUCCCAUAACCACAGUUGCUCAGGGGGUCGUAGAGCCCAUCUCCUAUAUCCAAGACGAGACCAUUCCAGGCUACUCUGAGACAGAACAAACCAUUUCUGAUGAGGAAAUUCACGAGGAAGCCGAGGAGAAGAUACCACACCUUCAGUAUGACGUCUGCAUGUAUGACGUCUCGGUUCCGGAGCAAACUGGCUCAUUUGUAAACAUUCCGGGCGUGAGGGAGAUGCAAGCUACAGCCAUGACUGGGAAAGCUUCCAUCCCGGGUGUGCAGGAGCAACUAUCAAUGUUCACCAACAUCUUCACUGCCCCUCUCGCGGAAGAAGAGCAUGUGUCCUCUGCAACGUCCAUCACAGAGUAUGACAAACUGUCCUCGCUCCCCACUUCUAUUGCCGAAGACCAGUCCGUUGCAUCCACCGUCGCACCUGAAGAACCGCUCAAAAUCAGAUCGACUGAUGCCACCCGAGAGAAAGAGCUUCUCUCAUCUGGAACGCUUUCACCGUCGUCUCUUGAAGAGAAGUCCCCUUCUGCUGACUUACAGCUUCCUCUUGAAGAAACAAAGAUGGCUGUCAAGGUUCCUGUUUGCCAUGAUGACGACGACGAGGAAGAAGAGGAAGAUCAAACACCUAAUGUAGAUAUCUCACUAGAAAAACUUCAAGAAGGCUAUGCUUCAUCACAGACAACGACGGGACAAGACAAAGAUGCUGAAAAGCAUUCCGACUCUUCAUCUCUUCUUUCCAAAUCUCUUGAGGAGGACAAACCAAUCCACUUCCAAACUGAGGAGGAGAGUGGAGAUGUGGUGGCCCCGAUCGGUGUUUCAUCAGUUAUUCCUACCAGGCCGUUUGGUUCGGACUCUGUAACAUCAGAGAGUGAGGAACGUUGUUUCAGUCCUGAUGACAUCACUGUGAAAAUGGCCUCCCCGACACAAUCCGGCCCACCUAGCGCCACUCAUUCUCCUCUUCGUCAUUCAUCAGUUGGAGCAUUCGCAGAUUUGGAACUCCCGAUGCCUGAAGACCAAACCCUCAAGCACAAAGAAGUAGUUCAAAAAGACUCAAAGCAGGAUGAAACAUUUGGCGAGGACUUGAAGGAGGUUCUACCUGUCGAGGAGCCCGAUUUUCUUGAUGAUGAUGAAGAUAAGAAGAAAGAUGAUCAAGGUGAAGAUAGUGCUGAAGUUACAACCACUCUUGCAGUUGAACCAAAAGACAAAGAGGACAAUAAACAUGGUGCGUCUGUAUUGCAAGAACUGAAAGAUGACCAGAAAUCUGAAUCUGCACUCCAGGAAGAUGUUUGCGCUGUGAAAGCCGUCACAGAUCAAGAGUGCGAUGAAGAUGCUAAGACUUCCAAUGUUAAACCACCUGAUGGUGCCAUGAAAGGUGAUGUUAAAGAACAGGCAAAGGAUACAAGCCUUGUAGCUGAACUUGUGAAAGAAGAAAUCAUUCCUUCUGAGGAAAAGCACGUCAGAGAUGAAGACUCUGACCUCAAAGACACAAGUGAAGCUACGAAGACAGAAACUGGGAGUAAAAUAAUGACACGGGAGGAGAAAGACGAGGAGGGAACGUUUGACUUCAUGGCGGCAAAACCUGAAGAAAAGCAGAUUGAAAGUGUCCACAGCACAUUUCUGGAGAAAGAGCCAGAAGAGCAUACAUCUCUCACGGACCCUUGUGAGGAUGAAAAACAGGACAGCAUCGUAAAGUUUACUCAACUCACCAAAGAAGACAGCGUUUGCACGGCCGCAUCAUCGCCCGUUGACCACAUUACUGCCAAAGCAAAAGAUAAGGAGACGGAGGAAGACAUUCAGUUGAAAGGUGAUCAAUUGUCAGCCGUACUAGCAAAGUCACAACAAUCGUUAUUAGAAAAGGAUAUCAAAGAGACAGAAGAGGCCCUUUAUGAAGAUAAAGUCUGCAUGGCCGACACCGUGCAAGAUACUGUUCAAGUCAUGGAAAAGGCUGACGAUAAGGUGGACACCUUCACUGUCCAGCCAUCCAGGGAGAAAGAAGUGACACCUUUGGAUCAAAGGGUUGCCAUCGGAUCUAUGGUAGAAGAAAGAGAGGGAAUAUGUACCAAAUCCACUGCAGAGGAGGAAUGCAAAGAUUCUUUUGAUGUAAAACAAACCAUAGUGGACAAGAGCGUUGAUUUGGAAGAAAAGGUCACAGAGGAACAAGCUAAAGAGACACAGAAGGAUGGAACUAAACAGAUGAAGCUUGAAGGUGAAGAAACUGAAGAAAAGACUGAUGGCUCUGGUGUUGUGUGUGAUGUACCAGAGAAAGAGGAAGAGGAGAUGCAAAAGGACGUUGAUGUUACCUGUGUCCAAACUACGGAGGAUGAAAAGCGGGAAAAGAGUGCUGUUAGUGGCUUAGAGGUUAAAAUCCCAGCGACUAAAACGUUAAGUGAAGUUGACACCAAAACCGAAAAGGACAACGUUGUAGAGCAUAUGGAGAAUGUAAAAGAGAUAAAGGUGCAAGCUGAUGACCUUAAUGAGAAAGUGAAGGAUGUAGUCAUUGAAGGUGAUAACAAGGGAGAGUCUGGACUGUGUCCGAGUGGAGACAAACAUGAUUCGAAGAAGGAAUCCGAUUCCCCAUGUAGCACCCAACAGGUUAUAGUGAAGCAUGAUUCUACUUUGGAGGCUGAUGUUAAGACAGAUGAUAAGGUUGUUCAUUCCGUAGCCCAAACCAUGGAAGGAGACAUGGAUACAAAGAAGAUGCUUGAAGAAACCUCUCACAAACUGACUGCAUCUCCCAGAGAGGAGGAUGCCCUGGUGGAAAAACUGCAAGAAUUAACAGAAGUCAAAUCAAGUAAAGACCAACAAGAAACUCAUCCUGACAUUUGUCAGUCCCUCCAGUUUGACGACGGAGCUAAAACCGUUAUCAGCACAAGUGAGAAAAAGGAGAAAGAAAAAGAUGAUUCUUGUAUUGCCGAACUGAAUAAGGAAAAGAAGAUGGAGAAGGAACAAGAGAAAGAGAUGACUUGUGAGGCAGAAGAGACAGAAAAGAUGAAGGAAAGUUCUUUGUCUGACAUGAAGGUUGAAGACGUCAGUGAGAAAGAACAAUCUGAAGCCAAAGUAGAGAAAUGGGAGCGAGAGGAGUUACAAGAGAAGGACCUUGACAAAACCUCCAAACAAUCUCCACAAACCGCAUUCACAGAAGCCGUGUUGGGUUCAAAGUCCGACUUCCAGGUUCAGUCCUCAGAAGAAGACAGGGAAGAUGAAGAGGAGGAGUAUAUUUGUAUGGGCUCUAGACCUUUGUCAGUGGAGCCGAGAAAACCAGAAACAUUCCAGUCAAGUGAUGAAAUUAAAGAGACCACACCCAAACAAACCAUAAUAGUCAUACCGACACUUACAAUGCAAGAGCCUUCAUUGGACGAAGACAUUAAAGAUAUUUUAACCGAAGAAUUAAUUCCUUCUGCAGAUGCUGCGGAAACUGUAUCCACGCCUGCACCAAUGGCCCCCCCAGAGCCAUCUUUUACUAGUGACACAACUUGUACUCCAAAACAAGAGCCAUCCUUCCAUGUAUCCGACUCAAAGACACAACAGGACUCCAGCUUGACUGAGGUAAAACCUGUAUUGUCAGCAAUAUCCAGCACUGAAAUAAAAAGCACCGAGAGCCCAGCCACAGUCCAGCCUCAAAGAAGUUCAGAGUCCAUUGUUAAGCCGGUGCAAGAGGAUAAACCCGUUAAAGAGGCAGAGCGGGAGAUGGAAGGAGAACGGGAGGUGGCUUCCCCAGGCUUUUCCCAGCCUUGUUCAUACUUCCUGCUGGAUAAAGACUCCGAUGACAGCGGCCCCACUGAAAAAGGUGCCAACAAGGACACCACUGAUGAAACUGAACUUCAAGAUGAAAACAAAUCAUUUGCUGCAUCCAAGUAUGAACCGUAUGAGAAGCCCAUCUCUACAGAUCCUGACACCAGAGAGGAGACUGAUGUGUUUCCAGGUCAUACCUCCGAGAUCAGCAUGGAUGAUAACAGGAGAGCGAGUCAAACAGAGGCAGCCAUGUUCGUGCCAGAAAAUCAUUUCAAAAAAGAACCUGUGUAUUUAAGUGGCGUUGACGACAGCCCCCAGACUGAAAGCCACCGAUGUGCCUCCCCAAACCGUGAAGACAGAGAGAAAGGGCAAGAAGAAGAGAGCGUAAGAGAGGAAAAACCAGACAUGUCUCCUGCUGGAAAUAACGUUUCAGCCAUAAGCAUACAAGACAAUAAAAUCACCCAAGAGUCUUAUAGUCCCAAAGCGGACAAACCAGAAAAAUCAGAGAAAGAGAAGGAGGAUGUGAAGGAAGGAGCUUCUGGAGCUUUUCAAAUAGGUGAAAGGGAUGAGACCCUAUUUGGUGCUGCUACUCAUUCCACGGGGGCGCCGUCAAGAAUAGAAUUCUCACUUGUUGGUGAUGAUGCCUCUGCUGCUCCGACAGGACAAGAAAAGGACAUUGAAAAAAAAGAGAAAGAAAAAUCUGCUGAGUUCCUGAAAGACAGGAUGGAGUUCUCUGACCAGGAAGACUCUCCAUCGGAUCGACAGUCACCAGCCGAAAAAGACUCUUUGCUUCAAGGUGCUUCAUGCUCCGCUAGAGAAGACCAAGCAAACAGAUCAAGCACAGGCUCAGCUUCCUCUUGUAUGGGACAACCGAUAGAUGACAACAUUCGUGCUUCAGACAUUAGUCAAUCUGUGUUAGAGUUUCCCAAAGGCAAAGAAAGCCUUAUAGGUACAAGAUUACUUGUAGAGGGUGAAGAUUUCAACGUUGAUGAUGAUGAUGAAGAUGAGGAUGACGAGGAAGAUGAUUCGAGCGAUGUUGAUAUGGAAAAGGGAGCCAGAGAACAGUCUGAAAAGGAAACCUGCAGGAGUAGGCCGGAUGAUAACGUGACUGUAACUUUGUCUGAGGACUCAAACAAAAUGUCGCCUGAAGCGAGCUUCCUUAAAGAAGAGAUUCCGUCCAAAGUUUCACCCGAUGGUGCCUCAGAUAAUGAAGCCUCUGGGAUGUCAAAGCAGGACACAAGUAAAAAACCAGCAUCUGGUGACACCACAGCAACCCCUGCUGAUAUGAGUACACUUUCUGACACCAAGAGUGAAGGUGAAGUUACAAGCUUUUGUUUGGUUACCCAAACAAUGGAAGUUAAAGACAACAAUCUUCUUCCUCCUCAGCCAACAACACAGAGAAGGUUGUCAUUUGCUGAGGACGUUUCUUCAUCUGAGUUGCAGCAGUCAAAGAAAAAGGAUGAGGACAAAUCAUCUCUAGCUUCACAAUCAAGCGUUCUGACAAAAGAUCCUUGUCCAUCAUCACCCACAAGCAAUCUCAUUAGCAGCUCAGCACCAUCUGACCCACCAACAUCCACAGCCAUGCCCGCAUUUGAUCCAUUGGCUCUGCAAACUGAAAGCUAUGCUGAUAUCGGACAGAGCGGACCUACAGGUCACUCUGAGUUUCUUCAAGCAGGUCAAAAGGACCAGCACUUUAUCAUCCAACCAGUUAGGCUAAGCAGUGAGGAAUAUUACCAAAGAGACACCCAAGAAAAAAGUUCAGAUCUGACUACAAAAAAGGAGGAUGAGGUUCUCACAUCCACCACUUUGGCACCUCCAUCUUCAACCACUGAUACAGCCCCCUUCUCAAGUUCUCACCCUUUGGGUCAACAGCUUGAGGACAAACCUUUUGUCAGCGAAUCAAGCAGGUCAACCCAAAAGGUGCCAUCAUUUGAUAGCGGGUUUUUAAGCUCAGCCUCUGGUGGCCUUCAGACAGAUGAGUACAUGGAGGUGAUGUCUAAACAUACAGAUGAGUAUUUGCAAUCUGAGGAGACCAAAAUGUCACCUCUGCAACAUACUGACGCCUCAAAACUGGCAGAGAUGUUUUACACAUCCCAAACUUGUUUCGAUGUCUCUCCACAAAGGGCUGAAGCCACUGACAAAGACCUUUGUCCCUUACAGUAUGACCCUGAAUGUCAAAAAAUGGAAGUAGUGAUGAAAACAGCUCAACGUGGAUCUUCAGAUAGUGGUGCUUUGAAUACCUCAUGUGCCAUCGCCGACCUGCCCACAGCAGAAGAAGGAAAAGAGAAAAGUGUGAAGACAUCUGGGGCUGAAAUGGAGGAUACAAAAAUUGACAGUGAAGUGGAAAAGGAAAUAAGUGAAGCAGCAGGACAGCAAGAAGCCAAGACUCUUUGCAAAGAGAAGCUGUGCAAAGACAGUGCUGAACUGAUAAAACCUUCAGAGACCAAGACCAGUGAAAAAGAAGACUCCACGAAGGAGGAAGGAGAAUCCAAAAGUCCAGAAGAAAAAGAAGGCUUUUUGGAAAAACUACAAGAGAGGUUCGAGGCAAGACGAAAGAGCAGUAUUUCUGAUUGGGAGCUGCUACAGAAGCCUGAUGAUUUCCCAAGUGCCCCUCCACCAGGUUACGGUGACCAAGAGGAGAAAGCAAUGGAAGCCUUUGAAUUGAUGGCGAGCAUCCACGGUGCCUCUCUGUUCUCCUCAAAAGCAACCUCUUCCACAGAAGCAUCGAGCAAAGCAAAAACUGAUCGUCCAUCCGAUUUGAGUACCAGUGCCACCUCUCCCUCCCCUCUGGUGGACUCCUCCUAUGAGUAUAAACAGCGUAAAGGAGAACUCUCUCCCUCCUUCAUCAAUCCUAGUCCACAUCAGUUCUCUGGUGAUGAGCACGAAGAGGACGACCCAAGUGACCACAACCAGGAAGGAAGAGAUGCAGAUCACGAACAAAGAUCAGUGAAAAGGAAGACACACAAGCAGAAGCGUCACGCUCACGGAGAUGCUGGUCAUCCGUUUUCUUGUGCUGCGUCACAUGGGCUGACUGGAACAUUAGCUGGAGAGGAAACCCCGCCUACGUCGGUGAGCGAGUCACUGCCUUCACAAUCGGAUUCCGAUGUUCCACCGGGAACAGAGGAGUGUCCAUCCAUCACCGCAGAAGGUAACCUGGACUCAGACGAAGAGGCUGAACAUCUGCCUGUGGACAAAUUGUCAGCUUCCAGCGGCCAACGUGCCUCCAUCACCGGGGCAGCUCAGAAGACGCAUGAUCCUCUUCCCACCUCCAUGAAAGACCCAUCUCCAAAACCUCCCCAUCCAGAUGUGUGCAUGGUGGAUCCAGAGGCUUUUCUUCUUGAUGCCAGUAGCACAGAAAAACUUCCCAGGAAAGACCACAAGACCACCAGGAGCCUCAGAAAAGCCAAACCCAAAUCGUCUUCCCCUGCUCGGAAGGGAGAAGUCAGGAAGAGGUCCUCCACUCCAGUGAAGCAAGCCCACAAGGACUCGGCCUCCCCCCGAUCAACCUCCCUCAGGAGGAAGGACCCAGAGAGGAGCUCCAAGCUGGUCAAGAUGUCUGAGAACCAAGGUUCACGCAGUGAUAUCCUAAAUCCUGGGAAGGGCCUUGUCAAUGGAGUGAAGAGCAGUGCAGGAAACAACUCUCAGAAAGCCACUUCGGCUGUUCCUCCUGGACCGCCAGUCUACGUGGACCUGGCCUACGUGCCCAACCACUGCAGUGCCAAGAAUGUGGACCAAGAGUUUUUCAAGAGAGUGCGGGCGGCGUACUAUGUGGUGAGCGGGAAUGACCCGAGUGGCGGGGAACCCAGUCGCACAGUCCUGGACGCCCUGCUGGAGGGUAAAUCUCAGUGGGGCUCCAACCUGCAGGUCACUCUGAUCCCAACUCAUGACACAGAGGUGACCAGAGACUGGUACCAGCAGACCCACGAGAGGCAGCAGGACCUGAACAUCAUGGUCCUGGCCUCCAGCAGCACCGUUGUCAUGCAGGACGAGUCUUUCCCGGCCUGCAAGAUAGAGUUUUGAGUCUGGCAUCUAACUCUCACCCAUCUGGACCCUCCGAACUCUCUUCCUCUCUUCGUCAUCAUCGAGUCUGACCAGCUGCUCCUUGCUCCUUCACAGCGGUACCAACUCAUAUGCUCAGUCAUGCCUAGCUCUCAUGCUGAUACAAGUGCUAAUAUUUGGAUGAAAGUUAAGUUAUUAAAGAAAAAAAAAAUCUCUUAGGCAGAAUAUUUGACCAAAUUAGUGAAUACGCAUCAUUAAAUACAAUAGGAUUCAUCAAGAAAAAAUGAUUACAUGGAUGAAUACGCUAUUAUCUCAAAGAAAACAAUUAACCGAGCUUGACUUUCCUGAGUGAUACCUAAGCACUAUUCACUUUAUUAGGUAUACCUGCUUAUAUACCUGCUUAAUCAAAUCUUUGUUAUUAUAUCACAGUUAUUACUUUUACAGUGGAACCCGCUUAAGUUGGUCUCGCUUAUGCUGCCAAUCCUUCUAUGGUGACCAACCAUCAAAUCCCAAACUGCUGUGUACUAAAAACGCUUAAGUCGACAUACACUCCGGUCCAAAAGUCCAAACCUACAAACUUUUGGAGGGCAGUGUACGUUGCCUGACUGUUUUUGUCAACAUAAAAAUUGCGUCCGUUUAUGUCGACAUGUGUUGCAGUAUUGUUAACUAGCGAUCGCCAAGCAGCUUGAAGAGUCAGCAGUAACAUAACAAGUUACAAGUUACACAGCAUGAUGAAACCUUACAGUGACUUCCUGUUCUGUACACUUCAACAUAAAAGCAUAGCACUGUAAAGUGGUGGGUAUAUUCAAAGGCGCUAUUUCAUUGUUAUUAUUAUAAUUAAUAAUAGUAAGGGGCAGGUGUUCCUGAUAAAGUGUCGUCUGAGUGAAAUCCUGAAGACGUUUCAGCACUGAUGACCUCUCUGCUGCUGGAUGCAUGGCUUCUUUUUGAUGAGCAGUCCCGAUGAAUAAUUGUUGGUGGAGACGUUGGAACACAACACAAAUGUUGUUUGAUGUCAUUUGUGCAGCAAAUGUAGCAACCUGUGUUUCAAAGCUCAUCUUUACUUGUUUCCCAGUGAACAAAAUGUGCAAAAUGAGAAUGAAACAGAAACGAAAGAAAAGAAAAAUAUAUAUGGUACUAUGAUAAAGUGGUAUGGUUUGAGGAAAAAAAGUUGUAUAUUGUACUUUCAAGUUUGUUUUUUAUUUUUGAGAACAUUUUUUCUUCACAAAAAAGCUUGUAUAUUUUGGAGAAAAUUUGCUUUUUGGGGGGGACAGAACGAGAUUACCGUAAUUUCGGCAAAUGUGACAUCCACGUAUUUUAUAUUUUUCAAAAUAUAUGUCAAAAAUCUACAUUUCCCAAUAUGCUUAGAGUGCAGCUCCAGAAAGUAGUGAUGUGGACGAGUGAAGUGGAAGCGAAUAUCACGGUUUAAAGUCUUAUGCAGCGACUUCCGACGCAUGUUUGACCAAGUGUAGAAUCACUAAAGCCUUUGUUAGGACAGCUAACGUGUUUCGAAAGGCUGGAGUACUGCGUGAUGAAGAGGAUAGGUUAAGCUAAAUGGCUAAUUUAGUGACAGUAUUCUGGUGGGCUACUUUUUAACUAGCCAUAUUACACACACUGUUCUCUUUAUUUAAUCAAAAGUUCAAAAAAAGUACCGUCUUUCUGUGUACUAAAUAUUUCAUGAUGUAAAUACUUAUACAGUAGAAGCCUGUAUAUGUAUUGGUACAUAUUGGUGCGCUCUAUAAUCUGGAAAUUAUGAUAAAGAGACUUCUUUCUCUAAAAAAAAUGUUUCCUUUAAAAUAUACAAGUUCUUUCAUGUAUUUUUUUCUCAAAACACCAUCGGCUUUUUUAUAUAUGCAACUUUAUUCUUAACCAUUGUAUCUUUUUGUCAUUUCAGCAAUGUACAGACAGUAGAGUCCAUUCAUAGACAUGGACUCGUGUGGCCUGAUGAAUAGUUUGAUUCUUGUAUGAAGCUAAUAGAAGAAACUAGAAUGCACUUUUUGAGAAAUGGAGCAUGGGAUGUUUAAUUGUAUUGAAGCACAGUGAUGACCUCAACAAUGUACCCCACUGCACAUGUGACAUUGCAAUGUAAAUAAUCAUAUUAAUAACUGAGCUUGCUAGCAACAGAUGGUAUAAUUAAUAUUGACAUGAGUAUGAAUGUUCCAGACAACGCUUGUUGGAAUGUGUGUGUGUGUGUGUGUGUGUAUAGGACAUAUGUACACUGAGGAGUUUAGUUUUUUAAUACCGCAUGCUUGACAUGGGUUGCUGGGAAUGUCUUAAAGCUAAUUUAUUUUAUUUACUGUUAAAUUAACACUGAAAUGACAACUCACUGAAUAUGAUUCACACAUCCGAUGACAACAUCAACCCCAUUUUUCUGCUUUCCAGAAAAAUCCAGCAAGGAGAUAUCUCAAUCAAAAUAAAUAUAAACACAAAACAAGGUUGUCAAACGUGAUAAGCACUGACGCUAACAUCAAACGUUUUUACCGAAGGGUGUUGCAGCCACAAGGGGGUCCCUAAACCACCAUCAGUUGUUUACUGCUUAUGGCCCCCAGAUGUCCACACCCACUACUGCUUAGACAGUGGAAACCGCUUAAGUUGACAACCCGUGUAUGUCGAACAGUCAAUCAAGUCCCGGUCCGUGUUCAUCAAACAUGCCCGCUUAAUCGGACUUCAAAAUACAUUGUCAGUAGCUUUUGUCAAAAUAAAAUUUGGAUUGUAAUUCUAUGAUUCUAUGAAAAAAAAUCUGUUUAUGUCAACAUGUGUGGUAGUCCUUCGUAUUGCUAAGCCACAACAUUUCUAUGUCUUGUUAUACAGCAUUAAAACAUACACACACAGUGACUUCCUGUUCAGUGCAAAAUAAGCUUGAAAAUGAAGCAUUUUGGUUUCAACCUGAUUCUUUAGCCAAUUUCAUUUUUUUAAGAGGUUAGCCACUGAACGAGAGAUUUGUUAUAUAAGAUAAGUGAAAAUAUUGUAACGUGGGUGGAAUGAGGAUGAGGCAGGAACACCUUGCACACAUCAGCCUUUUAUUGGAGUCACCGCAGCGCAUACUGAUAAGUCGUACUCCACAUGUCAAUGUGACAAAGGUGGCACUCCGACUCUUCUUCUCUCUUGCACUGGCUCCAACUAGCAAGCAAACGCCACAGCUUAGACACAAUACUCAUACUCAGACUACAAUAUCAUAUGAGAAGGUGAAGAAUCGAAAUAAAAAUAUGCACAAACUGCCGUAGGUUUAAAAAAAAUGCCCAUUCUCCUUAUGUCUCCGGACAAACACAAGUAAAUGGUUAGUUUUGGGUGGGAGUGCCACCCACUAUGUCAAUAACUGCUUAUGUCAACGUCAGUCAGCCAGUCCGAGAGGCGUCGAGAUGAGCAGGUUCCACUGUAGUAUUUUAGCGCGUGACCUCCGCCAUUGGAGUGUGAUGGAAGCCUCUCAGUGCCUGGAUUUCACAAGGAGGCAUUUCAUCUCCCUUUACCUUAUCAGUGGUCUGAAAUCUCCCAAAUUUUCUGGAAUGCAGUAAACAACGUUCUUGAAAGUUUGUCAACGUUUCAAGUUGACUGAGAAAAUAGUUCUGUGAGUGAAGAGUCAGGCUGAGAUGUAAAGUAUUUUUAUGAAUGUAAACAUUGAAAGCAUGGACACAAAAGAUCCAUCGAAGCAGACUUAGUGGAACUGUUCUAACGAGCCAAGUUGGGUUUUCGGCGGACAGGACCAUUGCUUGACUUUGGCUGCAACCUUUCCUGAAUAUGACUUGAACACACAUGCAGAGUCCAAACACGUACAUGAAUGUACCGUGCACACACCUGUACAUAUCAACAACAACAACAACACCUGCAGUUCUACAUGCACAAAAAACAUCUAAUCCUUCUGCAUGUUACUUAUUUAGUUAGAAUCCUGAAUGUAAUUGUUUAACAUGGGAGUACUACUACGCAACUUUAAUGCUAUUUUAAAGGUCUGACAAACGCUUAGUUGUGGAAAAAAAAAAAAAGCCAACCUUCUCUUCUUCUGGGCUGUGCUUCUGUUUGUUUACGUCGUUACCAAGAUGACGCUGUAUAACUGACUUAACUUUGUUUAACGUUUGUUUGGCAACUUAUAUCAGCCGUCUUCUUCCGAUAUUUCAACUUGUCUCUUUCUCUCUGGUACAAGUAGAAGUGCUGCAGAUUCCGUUAUUGUAAAAGGAAACCAGCCUGGUGGUCAUCCAUUAAAGUACCCUCAACUCUAAA